AUUUGGCAGGCGCGCGCGCCUCAGCAGCUGCAGUUUCCAGCUCGAGGAGAUUCAGUGUGGCAGCUUGACCCAACCUGGACCGCUAAAUUCUGCAAGGAUGGUGGAUUCUUUCUGCGCUACGUGGAAGCUGGUGGACAGCCAGAACUUUGAUGAAUAUAUGAAAGCACUUGGUGUUGGUUUUGCCACAAGACAAGUGGGCAACGUCACCAAACCCACAAUAGUGAUCAGCCAGGAUGGAGAUAAGGUGGUGGUGAAGACCCAGAGCACCUUCAGAAACACCGAGCUGUCUGCCAAACUGGGAGAGGAGUUUGAUGAGACAACACCUGAUGACCGUCAUGUUAAAUCCACUUUCACCAUGGAUGGAGACAAAUUUGUGCACACACAGAAGUGGGAUGGCAAGGAGACCACAUUUGUGAGAGAAAUAAAAGAUGGGAAGAUGGUGAUGACAUUAAACUUUGAUGGAGUCACUGCGGUUCGCACAUAUGAGAAAGCCUAAACACAACCGUCCUCAUUUGAAGAAAUUGCUCCUGUACUGUUGCAGUUUUUGCAGAAGAAUUCAAACUUUGUGUUGUGACAUGAGCCAACCUUUUUUGUAAGAACUUCACUUGUGUGCUAAAUGUGAAGGACAAUAAAUUGCUUAACUGCAUUUC